ACUAAAAACAGUCGGAGAACAACAUUAUUUAUCGUCAUCAUCCCUGUGACUGCAGCAGUGUUGCUGUUCCUUUGUGCCAUGUUUAUUUGUUGCCGAAGGGCAAAAACAGCAUUACCAAGAUGGAAAUCACUUUCACAUAUAUUCAACAAUAAAGAUCAACGUGAAAUAAGAGGUCCAGAAACACUAUUGCUUGAUCUUGAGAGUAUUCGAAUCGCUACAGAUAACUUCUCUGAUGCAAACAAGCUAGGAGGAGGAGGAUUUGGACUGGUUUAUAAGGGAAAACUAGAGAAUGGAGAGCAGAUAUCAGUGAAAAGGCUUUUGCGAAGCUCCGAUCAAGGACUAGUUGAGCUGAAAAAUGAAGUGCUUCUUGUUGCCAAACUUCAACACAGAAACCUUGUCAGAUUGUUGGGUUGUUGCUUAGAGUCAGAGGAGAAACUUUUGGUUUAUGAGUACCUUCCUAAUUCAAGUCUUGAUAAAAUUUUGUUUGAUCCUUUGAAGAUAGUACAAUUAGAUUGGGCAAGGCGGUUUAAGAUCAUUGAAGGCAUUGCUGGAGGACUUCUUUAUCUUCAUGAAGAUUCACGAUUAAAGAUCAUUCAUCGAGACUUAAAAGCGAGCAACAUCUUGUUAGAUGCUGAAAUGAAUCCUAAAAUUUCAGAUUUUGGUCUCGCGAAACUUUUUGGAGUAGAUGAAACACAAGGAAACACUAGUAGAAUUGCUGGAACAUAUGGAUACAUGGCACCAGAGUAUGUUCUUCAUGGCCGCUUAUCGAUUAAAUCAGACGUGUUUAGUUAUGGUAUACUAACCUUAGAGAUCUUGACUGGUCAGAAGAAUAAUAGUUGUUUAGGGUCAUCAUCAGAGUAUUCCGUCAAUCUUAUCACUUAUAUUUGGCGCAAUUGGACUCAAGGAAGUGCUCUGCAAACAAUCGAUCAAAAACUAAUCGAUCAGUGUCCGACUGAAGAAGUACUAAAAUGCAUGCAUGUAGGACUAUUGUGUGUGCAAGAAGACCCAAUUCAAAGACCUACCAUGGCCACCGUUGUUGUUAUGCUUAACAGCCACUCUAUUAGUCUUCCUAUGCCUUCAGCUCCAGCAUUUGUCAAUCAUAGUGGUACUGUAACCACUUGAAUCAGAUGGUGUUUCAGAGAGGGACAAGAAUUAUAAUGGAAGGAGAAACCAUCAAAAUUUUCUAUAAAUGACGUUUCUCUCUGAGUUGAGCCUCGAUAGUAAUAAAUCAAAAUAUCAUGGAAACUUAGUGUGUGUGUUUUUUUUUUCAUCUUCACAAAAGAAAGAUUGUGUCAUUUUAUAAACUUUAUUAAUUUA